AUGUGGAGAACUGGUUUUAGCAGAUCGUCACAAGCGUGGCGGCGCGCGUGCACGCAGUACGGACGGCGGUGGCAGUCGUCGAAGGCCUGGGGCAGUGGCGCAAGCCACCGAUUCGCGCAGCGCAACAGCCGAAUGGCACGCGUGAGUGUGUUGGCCGCGGGCAUGGCCGCGGUAGCGGGUGCCGGGGCGGCGUCGUGGAACGCGUCUGUGCAGAACGACGAGUUUUCAUCGACUACACGGCUAGACGAGUUGCAGUCUCCGCAAUACUGCCACGACGCGGACAAGUUCGCAGAGGCCGUGGAGAAGCUGAAGAAGCUUUUGAACAACGACGAGGAGUGCUUCUCGGUGUCAAAGAGCGACCUAGAUGCCCACUCGGACACGUACUUCAACACGCACCACGCGACCCCGGAGCAACGGCCCCGGAUCGUGCUGUACCCUCACAACACAGAGGAGGUGUCGGAGGUGCUGAAGAUCUGCCACGAGUACGCGAUCCCCGUGGUGCCAUUCUCGGGCGGGACGUCGCUUGAGGGCCACUUUCUGCCCACGCGGAUCGGGUGCACGGUGACGUUGGACCUGUCGAAGUACAUGAACAAAAUCAAAAAGCUGAACAAGACGGACCUGGACGUGGAGGUGCAGGCCGGCGUGCCCUGGGAAGACCUGAACGACUUCCUGAACGAGAAAGGUCUGCUCUUCGGGUGCGACCCGGGCCCCGGGGCGCAGAUCGGCGGGUGCGUGGCCAACUCGUGCUCGGGCACCAAGGCGUACCGGUACGGGACUAUGAAGGAAAACGUGGUGAACUUGACCGCGGUGCUCGCGGACGGGACCGUGAUCAAGACCAAGCGGCGCCCACGCAAGUCCUCCGCCGGGUACAACCUGAACGGUCUGCUGAUCGGGUCUGAGGGCACGCUGGCGGUGGUGACGGAGGCGACAAUCAAGUGCCACGUCCGUCCUGCGUUCGAGAACGUGGCCGUGGGGUCGUUCCCUACCAUCGCGGACGCUGCCGCGUGCACGUCGCGCAUCAUCCAGGAAGGCAUCCAGCUAAACGCGAUGGAGUUGCUGGACGACAACAUGAUGCGCAUCGUGAACAAGAGCGGCGCGACGUACAAGACUGACUGGAUCGAGGCACCUACGCUGUUCUUCAAGGUGGGUGGUCGCAACAAGAAGAUCAUCGCCGAGCUGAUCCACGAGGUGGACCGCAUCGCGCAGCACCACGGAUGUCACAAGUUCGAGUUCGCGAAGGACGACGACGAGCGCCUCGAGCUGUGGGAGGCGCGUAAGGUCGCGCUGUGGUCCGUGAUCAACGAUGGCAAGUCCCGCGACCCGGACGUCAACGUGUGGACCACCGACGUGGCCGUGCCGCUGUCGCAGUUCGCCAACGUCAUUGGCGCGACCAAGAAGGACAUGGACGCGAGCGGCCUGCAGAACGCGAUCGUGGGCCACGCGGGCGACGGUAACUUCCACACCUUCCUGCUGUACAACGACAAGGAGCGCGAGAAGGCUGGCCGCCUCGUGGACAGCAUGGUGAAGCGCGCCAUCGACGCGGAGGGCACCUGCACGGGCGAGCACGGCGUGGGCAUGGGCAAGCGUGGCUACCUGCUGGAGGAGCUGGGCGACGCGCCAGUCGACUUCAUGCGCCGCCUGAAGCUGGCCGCAGACCCCAAGCGCAUCCUGAACCCGGACAAGAUAUUCAAGAUCGACCCGGAGGACAAGGAGGGCCACUAG